AUGGCAUCAACUUCUGGUACCCACACCCUUCUAUCCCGUGUGAAUUGCGUGGAGAGAGCAGCAGAGGUUGCCAAAAAGUCGCCACCUAAAAUUGUCCCAUUAACAGAGGAAGCCAAAGCUCUCCCUACACAUAUUAUUAAUGUCACAGAUCCAUCUAAAUUAAAUGCGCAAACACCUUUUUUUAAGUGUCCACCUUGGGCAGGGCUUCCAGUACGUGCCUGUCAUCUACACUGCACACGAGAUGGAGUGCCACUACCUUCAUUAGGUUUGGAUCGUUUUCCAUUUUAUUUAUUUGGACGAAGUCCUGUGUGUGAUUAUGUGCUUGAACACCCAUCGGUGAGCAGUAUCCACGCCGUAUUGGUAUUUCAUCGCGAGCAGGAGUGUUUUGUAUUGAUGGAUUUGGGUUCAACAAAUGGGGUAAAGCUUAACGGUGUUCGCAUAGAGAAAAAGCGACCUGUUCCAGCUCCUAUUGGGAGUAGCAUACAAUUUGGUUUUAGUACACGUCUUUACAAAGUUAGUUUGGGGCCUCCACCCUCUUCAAAGCGAUUGCGAGAAGAGAGAGAGGAACGAGAAGAACUGAAGCUUGCAAAGGCACAGACAGCUGUGGAUGCUCUUGUAGCUGCUACUAGUACUAGUACUACUACUAAUAUUGCUAUCAAUGCUGGAAAUGAUAAUGUUACUUCUGCUACUAAUUUAGUAAAAGAUUCAGGCUUCACUUGCAAGACAGGAGUUGCAACAGAAUCAACCGAAACUGUGAAAGAGAAUCCAACAGGGACGGCUGUUGUUAAUACAGAGAAGAUGCAAACAGUAAAACCUACACCUGCUGUGCGGCACUUAUAUCAUGUGCUUAUUAAGCACAAGGAUGUACGUCGCCCUGUCUCUCUCGCCCCACGUAAUAAAGGAGAUCCUAUAACGCGAUCGAAGGCAGAUGCAGUGGCAUUAGCAGAAGCCAUUCGCUCACGACACGGUGAAAAGAAACAGUGGUCGUUAGAGGAAUUUACUGCUGUUGUGAAGGACUUCAGUGAGUGUGGUUCUGCUAAACGAAAUGGGGAUUUGGGAAUAGUGGAAAGUGGCACUUAUACGGAGAAGUUUGACGAGGUGGCCUUUGCACUCGACGGAGGUGCUGUAAGUUCACCAGUAGAGACAGAACUUGGUGUACAUCUUAUUUACUACUACAUUGAUCCAUAG